GGCCGCAGCAAGUGCAACGACUGCAUCUGCCAAUGGCCUCAGUCCGGCGUUGACGGCGACCAACGUCGAUACGCGUACGCGCAUUAUCUCCGUAGCUUCGUGGUACGGACGACAACGAGUAACUUGACCGAGGAUUGGGCCGACUUUGUCGAUCGUUCGCCGAGAUGCCGCUGUUGUUGUCCAAGAGCCUAUCCAUUCUGGCGGUGCUGAUCCACGUCGCCGGGACCGAUGUCAGCGAUCGGCCCGUCCCCGAAUACGUGAAGCAGUGCUCGAGGAGCGACCCACAGUUGAAGAGCUGCCUGAUCGACGCGCUGCACCACCUGCGGCCAUACCUGAAAGCCGGCAUCCCGGAAAUUCAGCUGCCGGCGGUCGAGCCAUUUCGCAUGGACGAGCUGAAGCUGUCGCUGACAGGUGGCACGAACGGUUACACGGUGCGGCUGCGCGAGCUGUUCGUGAGGGGAGCGAGCAACUACACCGUCGCCGACAUCAAGCUUGGCUCGCCCUUCGAGGCGCUCAUCCGAAUGCCUGCCCUCAUCCUUGACGCUCAAUACACCAGCUCGGGGGUACUGAUCAUCCUGCCUGCCAGCGGCAACGGCACGUUCCACGCGCGCUUCGGCAACGCCCGCGCGCUCGUCCGGGGCUCGGUCUCCAGUCACCCCAGGGACGGCCAGACCUACCUUAACGUCGACAAUCUGGACGUGCACCUCGGAGUCAAGGACGUGCAGAUGCGCGUCCGCAAGAUCUUCAACAACAAUCGGAUACUAACGGAGGCGACCAAUCUGUUUCUGCGGGAGAACGGCCAGGAGGUGCUGAAGGCGAUGGAGCCGCAGCUGAAGAGGAAACUCUCCGCUCUCUUCGCCGGUAUCGUCAAUCAGCUGCUGAGGAACUUACCGGUCGAGACGUUCUUGCGACCUUAGAGCCUUAGUCCGCGCGCACGCCACUUAUCGCGACUCCGCACGCUCGAGUAGCGUUGCCGAUAAUCCAGAGGCACCGAAUUCGAUUCCAUCGCAGGCGCUCCCACCUGCGCGCGCUUUUAUGCGUCGACCGGCUCGCGCGAGUGCUGCUUUUCUUCUAUUUUUUCUUGACAGUGAUAUAGCCGGUGAUGUAGCGUAACGCCUUGUCGCUUUAGUAUUUUUUUUUUCUUUUUUGUAGAUAGCUCGUUUUUACUUGAGUAGCGCUCGAC